CUUUACGCGCGGGUUAAUGACGCAUUUGAUGGCGUCACAAUAGUUGGGAGCUGUUGACUGUCGCGAGGAUGACGUCGCCACUGGUCUCCACGUCAGCUGGGCCAAAGAUGGCGGAGGCGGAGAGUGAAUCCAAACAGCCGCUGUUUUCAGAUUUGGCUGAUGUGUCGAUAUCAAAUGAUGUCCCUGUGGAGGGGCAAAUCACAGUUCCUGUUAAUUCCCAGUCACAAGAGGAUGACUACUCCACUCUGGAUGAACCUGUCAAGGAAACAAUUAUGCGAGAUCUAAAGGCUGUUGGGAAGAAGUUUGUUCAUGUUAUGUACCCUAGAAAGAGCAGUACUCUCCUUAGAGACUGGGAUCUAUGGGGUCCUCUCAUUCUAUGUGUUUUGCUAGCAAUGUUGUUACAGGGGAGCUCUGUUGAAAAUAAGCACGAUGGAGGCCCACAGUUUGCUGAGGUGUUUGUCAUUGUGUGGUUUGGUGCAGUCAUCAUUACAUUAAAUUCCAAACUGCUUGGAGGCACGAUCUCCUUCUUUCAAAGUCUGUGUGUGCUGGGCUAUUGCAUAUUACCACUCACGGUAGCUUUGAUAAUCUGCUCUCUCAUUCGGUUGGCUCCACACUCGAGCACUUCGGAAAUCCCGAUGGCAGUGGUUAUAAUUCGCUUUAUUAUCGUGCUGGCUGCAUUUGGCUGGUCAACAUUCGCCUCAACAGCAUUUCUGGCUGAUAGCCAGCCACCAAAUCGCAAGGCCCUUGCUGUUUACCCAAUAUUUCUUUUCUACUUUGUGAUCAGUUGGAUGAUCAUCUCCAAUGCAUCUGCAUGAGGGGCAAAUUAUCUUCAAAGUGAGGACGAUGAAACAUGAAUGAUUUAAAAUCAUUUCUGUAUGGUUUUUGGAGACUGUUUAUUUGAGAGGCAGCCCGCUAUGCAGCAGAGGGAUCAAGAAUUCAUUGAUAUUUAGUUUGUAUAUUAUUGAAUGUACAGUGAUUCUUACAACCUGUAAAAGAGGUGAUUAAUUGAACUGUUGGACUCUGGGGGAAAUUUAUUAAUUGAAGCUGUGGAAUUGCAGUUAGAGACUCUUAGAGAACAGAAUUAUAUUAUUCUUUUGGUUCUAUGCAUUAGAUUAUUUUUUCUCAAAUGUGAAAGAAUUUAACAGGAAUUGAAAUCUGAUUAUCUACUCCCAAAACAUUUUUAAUUUAUUGUGUUACAUGAAGGUUGUAUUUAAGAAGGUUGAUUUGAGUUUUCUGUUGGAAUUUACUUGGAAACUUCCUUAAAUGCAUUACUCAAGCUAAACAUACAGACCAUUAAGAUCCAAGUUUCCAUCGUGGUCCAAACUAAGGUAGCUGACCUCAGCUGAUACACCAGUAGAUAUUAUUUAUUGGCCUUGCUGUGAUUAACUAAAUAGUGGGAAGUCAGGCAUAAUCUGUUGACCAAUCAGCGACCUUUACGAUCUACGUGUCAGGAUAGGUGAGAAGUUGAUAAAUCUGGUGAAUUUUACUACCUUAGUACAUACAUGGAAUGGAAAUUUUUACUAUGUGUUGGGGGAUCUUGGUUGCACACAGUUAUACCCCGUGAAUAUUUGGUGCCUUCCAGAUAUGGAUAAAUUGGGAAUGGAAUGUUUUGUUUGGAGGUGCCAUUCUGCUGUGAUACAUGGGGCAAAGUUGAAAAAGUAUGAACUUGACCUGGAUACAGAGCCAGGUUAAAUAAUUGGAGUGGAGGUUCUAUUCAACACUUAUGGGAUGGAAAUUGGAAAAUUAAACAUCCUUGCAUCUUUGGAUUUUUUAAAAAUCUGUACCAUUUUAGAUGUACAAUUUCACUGUCACCUCUUCUGAAUCAAAGAUAAGUAAAAGUUCUUUCUUCAAGAAAACCUGUAGGAUUAAUAUGCCAGUCUAUGGUAUGAUUCAUUCUCAAGAAACUGUCACUCUCUGAGAUGAGAACUUGAGAAACUUUGAAUAAUAUAGAGCAAAACAGGCUUUACUGGUCCAAUAGAACCAUUUUGUUGGCAAUUUUUCUGAAGACCAUUGUGCAUAUUUUGAAAAUGAAAUCAUUGAAAACUUCUCCUUUCACUUAUGGAGUCACGGUGAAGGGCUGAGUAAUACACCCAUCACACACUAAUGGUUUAUAAGCCAUGUCUUUUUGUUGCUGUGAGGAUCAAUGUGAAAUGAGUAUUGGGGGUGCCAAUUCAGUGCCUCAUCUCCACGAGUCUAAAGCACAAUGCUAAUCUGUAUUUAAAGUUGGAAACUCCUCCUCAGAGAUUUCCAGAAUGGAAGAAUUGCCACACGGUUACAAGACACCUCUGUACUGCAUUGUUGGAGCAGAGCAAAUCUGAUGUAGGAGAUUCUAAGAUCUGAAGUGGAAAUUUUAGCACUUUCUUCAUUAACGUACAAAGUGGAGCUUAUGUUAACAUUCCACUUAAUCACAUUGAAAUUUGUAUGUGUAAUUCUGGGUAAUUGUUUUAUGUGCUAGCACAUCAGCAACUGUUUUCUAGAACAUGCACUACAAUUUUUGAUUAUACACAGUGGUUUGUUUUAUCAGUUGUUUCAGUAUUCCAUAGGCACUAAAUAAUGGUAUUUCAUUAAUGACUGCUGCCAGAAUAACUUUGAAUGGGGAAGCUUUGUGUAACAAUGUAAGGAUUGUUGAACUUUAUUGCAGCCAAACUACUAAAGGGUGUAGAAAAAGCAAGCCUUAAUAUAGAAAGACAACCUACUAUAUAAGGGCACAAUUGAAAAAUGUAGAUGAACUGAGAUAUUUUGGUGUUCAGAGCUUUAAAGGUGCACCACAGUUGAUAAAUAAAUUAUUUGUUUCCAUAUUCUGCCAUUUUAUGUUGAAACACAAAGAAACCAUUCUAUAACUUUAUACCACACUAGUAAAUCCUCAAUUGGAAUAUAGUGGAUAAUCCAGACAGGAAUGAUGUGAAGGCCUUAGAAGGGGUACAGAGGAGAUCUAUCUGGAUGUUUCCAGGGAAUGUGACUUCAAUUAUGAGAAGUUGGAAGAUUUAAGACAGAUAAAAUUACAAGGUGACCUAAUAAAUGUUUUUAAGGUGUCAGAGUUUUGAUGGAAUUGGUAGAGAAAAAAAACUGGCUAAGAUGUCAAAGAUUAAAAUUCAAUGCUAAAAUAUCUGAAGGGAGAUGAGGAAGGAUAUGUUGCUGUUGUUUGGAUCUGGAAUACCUUAUGUGAAAAGAUGGUGGAUCUUCUGAAAAUAUAUUUAAGGAAGAGUUGGUUAGCCAGUUGACAUGAGCAAAUAACAAGGUUAAGAUCAAAAGCAGAGCUGUGAGAAUAAGCAUGAUGGUCCUUCCACUGUCCACGAGCACGUCUUCUCCAACCAUUCCAUGAUCUCUAAGUUUGCAUAGAUCUAACUUUGGAUUGAGAUGUAUUUAUCUGCUGUGUAAACUAUAAAUUGAUUUAAUAUGUUUUUAUUAAUCAGAGUUUCAUCCUGAGGCAGAUUAAGCAUAUAACAGAUUUGAGAACAGCAAUCGCUUGUCUUUUGUCAUGGGACAGAAAUUUCAUAACUACAGUGACAUCCUGUGGAAGGAAUAAAACUUCUAUUCCCUGAAACCUAUCUAUACAUGUAAAGAUAAAUUACUUGAAUAUAUUUUGUUUAUUUAGGAGCUUAGAAACCAGAAGGGGCCAUUUGUCCACUCAAGUGUGCUCCACCAAUCAUUUAGGUCUUUACAUCAAUUUUUUUUAACUUGAUGUAUUCUAAAUUAGUUAAUAUUCUUGUUUAACAAAACUCUGACCUUCAUCUUGAACAAUUCAACAAUAUUUUAGGGAGAGAGAUCCAGAUUUCCCCUAUGCUUUAUAUGGGAGAAAGAAACCGCUUUCUUAAUUCAAUCCAAUUUUAAAUUCCUUUUACCAUAUUGAAAUUUUUAAUUCAAUUUAAGGUUAAAUUCCAAUAUUUUGUGGUUAUCCUGGACUCCCCCAGCAGAAAAAAAUUGUGUUUCGCCUUAAUUGUCCAAAUCCAACUGAAUAGUAACAAAAUUAAAUAAAGUGUUCUCAUGAAGUAACCCUUUAACCUUGGUAUAAUUCUAGUGGGUGUGCAUUCCUGGAUGCCUACAUCUGUUUGCUCCUCUAGAGCUUUUAAUCUCUCACCGUUUCAAAAGUAUCGUACUUGCCUCUUUUGGCUCCAGUUAUAAACAUUUUCUCAUUGUAAAGUUUUGCAUAGCAGAAAUCCCGAUCUCUCUCCCAAAACAAACUGUUGAAAUGUUCAAGAUGAAGGUCAGCGGAGUUUUGUUAAACAAAAAUGUUAACUGUGUUGCUGAAUAUUCCUGUGGCUCCAUGGUCAUGAUGAUGUAAAAGACUUAGAAUUGACACUGAAUAAUAAAAAAAAUUUUGCACUUAAUGCCGUUGAAUGGUGGAAUUACACCUCCCUUCAUCACUCGUGUGUUUGAUAAUUUUUUCCAUUAAAUAACAGCUGUAUCCAAGUUCCUUUCUAGUGGAAGAAAAUCUGGGGAAAGAAUUGGCUAUAUUUGAUGACUUGGACAAAAGAGUUCAUGAAGCAAAUUUUCUUGCAUCAACCUGGUCAAAGCCAUUAUAGAGGAUGAGGAAAAUUAUUCUUGCAACACAGUUUCAAUGAUGGCUACAUAUAGGAUGUAACCUUAUCAAUAAUUGGGAACACGUUCAAUAAACUUGUGGUUUGUCAUAUCCUUAAAUAGUGACACUUGAACUGUAAAGACCCAGUGCAUUGAGUUGCAUCUGUUGAGAAUUUUUUGAACUAUUAUAUCAUUAAUAUUGGAUGCACUGGUUGAUUUUGUUUUUUUGGUGCUGGUGACUUAUGAGUAUGACCGACAUUGCUUAUUUCCAUCCCCCAGCCAUCCUUACAGCGUAUUGGCACCAAUAUGGUAAAUAUGCUGGGGACAACAUUGUAGAUGAAAACUGAAGAUAUGACCAAUAAAGUUGGUUAGUGAGGUGGCACGUGACAGGGUUGGUUUCAAUUUCCAGAUAUUCUAUGUUAUUUUUCUUCUGUUUUUUCUGUGCGGAGGAGGGAUGGGUAGGGAUCAGGACUUUCCUUUCUACAAGUAUGGAAUCAAGAUAAGAAUCUGUAAGUUGUGCAACAAAUGGGGAUGGUGCCUCUGGUAUUUGCAGGGAGUCUUUUUGAAUUUCUGAAGCCUUAAUGCAACUUGAAAUUUUUGUUGUAAAUACUUGCACAUUGUGUGUUUGUAGAUUUACUACUCCAGGAUGGGAAAUAAUUUUCUCCCUCUUAUUUGUCUGCUUUUAAUGUAAGUGUUUGCUUUUAAUGUGGUUGAAUCUGGAGCUUUCUUUUUGUUUUGGUUUGCACUUGUCUUUGGGGGGAAAAUGUGCAGCUUUUCAACUGCUUUAAUACAGAUGGAAAUAAGAAAAGAAACUUUGUUGCUGUGUUCUAUUGCAAUACACCCUCAAGAAGAUCAAAUUCUUGCUACCUAGAUGGACAUGCACAAAAAAGAUUGUGUUCACUUUCACUUCCGAAUCCCACUGGUGGUUCAGUUGCACAAUAUAAUGUUU